AAGAUAUUUGAUUAUUCCAAGUUAUAUUGAUAUACAUUAUAUAUGCGAUAUAUGUGUACAUAUAUAAAACAACAAAAUGGUGAUCUUCUACACAAUAAUCUCGCUUACAUAAAGUAAUGUUUUUUUCCAAGCGUGCAACUGUUUUAAGAUAACAAAGAAAAGUAAGACAAGUAUAAUUAUAUAUAGAUAAUCAGUUACUCCACUAAAAAAUAUCAUCUAUAUGAAUAUUAAUAUAUAGAAAAAAGAGAGUAAAGUUCAAUCAUUACAACGAGGAGUUGAAUAGAGAUAAUGAUGAUGGUAAUAAUACAAUAAUUGAAGUGUCAAUGGUUUUAGAGGCUGCAAAGGAAGGAAAUGUAGCCACCUUGAGUCACUUGAUCGAGAAAGAUAGGUUGAUUCUUACUAGAGUUUUACUCACCAAUUCCACUCAAUCUCCUCUACACAUAUCAGCUGCUCUAAACCAUCUCCAUUUCACUAAACAACUCCUUCACCUCAAACCCGAGCUUGCUUUCGAGCUAGAUUCCUUCAAACGCUCGCCUCUUCACUUGGCUGCAGCCGAGGGCCACAUGGAGAUAGCUCGAGUUUUGGUGCACGUGAAUAGAGAUGUUUCCUUGGUGAAAGACAUGUAUGGAAGAAUCCCACUUCACUAUGCCGCCAUGAGAGGUCCGGUGGAUGUGGUUCAACUUCUGUUGGAUGCUCAACUUGAGUCGGUUUUCGAGUUGCUUCCGAGUGGAGAAACAGUUUUACAUUUGUGUGUUCGGCAUAACCAUUUGGAGACUCUGAGAUUGUUGGUGGAGGCGGUAUUGCUCGUGAGAAGAGAGAGUGCCGGCGACUUCCUCAACGCCAAAGAAGAAAGUGCAGUCAUGCUAAACCAAGCUGAGACAGUAGAAUACUUGGUUUCCAUUCCGGGAGUGAAAGAAGACACCUUAAACUCGAAAGGAUACAAACCGACAGAUCUCUUAGAUCAUCAUCAUCUCCCAACAGACUUCAACACCAUCAAAAUCAAACAACUAUUGGGUAUCAACCAUCCAAAAUCAUCAUGUUGGAAGUCAUGGAUGAUCAUCAUUGAGCGCCUAACGAAUCACCAAAGAGAUUGGCUGAAAGAAAUGAGAGGGUCAAUCAUGGUGGUCGCCACUGUAAUAGCAUCCACAACAUUCAAUUCCGCAAUCAAUCCACCGGGCGGUGUUUGGCAAGAAACUUCAAACAAAAAAGACAAUAAAGGCGACACUGAUCCAUUUAACUGCGACAAACACACAUGUAUGGCGGGAACAGGAGUGUUGGCUUAUGUUUGGGAAGAGGGCUAUCUCAGAUUCAUAUUAUUCAACAGCAUUGCUUUUCUUGCUUCUCUUAGUGUUGUGCUUUUAAUAGUGGGAGGACUCCCUCUUAGGAGUAGGAUUGGAGUGUGGCUCUUGACCAUGGUCAUUUGUGUCACUUUAACGUUUACAGCUCUCACUUUCCUUGAUGGGAUGUCCUUAGUGUGUCCCAACCAUAUAUUUGAUAGUGUAGAUUAUAUCUAUCACAAGUCACUUAAGGCUUGGAUUGGAUUGCUUAUCACCAUUGCUGUUUAUCAUACCAUCUACUUUUUCAUCUGGGUUAUCAACAAAGUUCUCGCCUAUAGAGCAACACGAUCGUAAUUAAUCUUGAUGCAUGCAUCACUGUUUAAUGGACAUCCUAAAGUGUUGUUGUAGUAUAUGUUUAAUUGAUUAUAUAUAUGGUCGCUUCAAGAA